AUGUCCGCUGCCAAAUCCUUCCGCCAAACCAUUGGCAUCCCCCCCUCAACCGCCUCCGUCCAAGACUCCACCCUCAUCAUCAUCGACGCCCAGAACGAGUACGCCACAGGCCUCCUGACAACCGCCAACGUCGACCAAACCCGCAAGUCCAUCUCCAACCUCUUGAACAAGUACCGCUCCUCCGGCAAUGACAGGAACAUAGUCCACGUUGUCCACCAAGUCCCCGCUGGUGCACCCGUCUUCACCCCGGACACUGAACUCGCAAAGGAGUUCGAGGAGUUGACACCAAAGGCUGGUGAGAAGGUGGUUACCAAACAGUUUCCCAACUCAUUUGCGCAGACGGACUUGGAUGAGUACUUGAAGGGGUUGGGGGAUGUGGGGAAGAAGAUUGUGUUGGUGGGGUAUAUGGCGCACAUUUGUGUUUCUACGACGGCUAGAGCGGGGGCUGAGCGUGGAUAUGAUGUGGUUGUUGCGAGGGAUGCGGUUGGGGAUAGGGAUAUUCCCGGCGCUGGGGCUGCGGAGUUGGUGUCUGUUGUGUUGAGUGAGCUGGAUGAUGGUUUUGGGACGGUUAUUUCUUCGGAGGAGAUUCGCGCAUAA